GGCCGCCGCUGCACGGUGAAGGACCUGUAUUAGAUGCAUUUGUUGUUUGAGGGAGAAAGGAAAAAAUACACAAUACUCAGAGGAUAUCAACGACGAACUGGAAACAGGAAGAGAGGCCCCUACAUGACUGCUGAGAGGACGACCCAUAUGCUGCACCUGAGAAACGGUUCACCCUCCAAACAAAAACUCCAUAUCUGAAAGUACCCUGCUUCUCUACCGAACCCUGCAGGUGUGGGCGUGCCUCCUGUCACACUGGCAGGAAAGACAAGGGGGAGGUGUUGCAGGGUGGGGUACCAGGGCUGCACCCACCUGCCUUCUCCAUCUUCCUUGAGCUUCAGCUUCCAUUGGCGGUGGGCUGAGAGGGAUUUCGGCUAGGAGCCUUGAGCGUGUGGCCUUUGACAGGGUCUGCCAGGUGGCAUUGGCUGGUUGAGGAGCAGAGCAUGUUGAGUGGUUGUGGUUGCCAUGGAGCUGCAGGAUAAGAAGCAGGAGGAAGAUGUUGUUACUUUUGGCCUUUCGACUGGCCAGGCUCUGGGGAAGCUCCGAGACCAGCUCAGCAACUUACUAGAGCAGCACCAGAGGGCUGCACACAAAUCAACCUCUGCAAAGGAAAAGUGGAUGAAUAGCUUCCUUUACCAUGGCAACCGUAGUUCCUGCCUACAUUGGUCUGGAGCUGCCCACACUCUUAUGGUGGUGUUGGGACUCAUAUGUUGCUAUGGUAGCCAGCCAAAGGGCAGUUCUGGUAUAGAGCUGAUGAACGCUGCAGCCCUCCUUCUCCUCUUUGUGCUGAACCUGCUGCUGGUCGGACGUCAGGAGAGGCUUAAGCGCAGUGAGAUGGUCCGCCGCCUCAAGGACAUUAUAACACAGCUCAGUGACUACCUGUCAGGGUGUGAGGGGGAUGUGCGGUGGUCUCUGUCACUGUACCCUGACCUCUACACACCUUCAUCCCCUUCGUGGUCCCUUCACUGGACCUACCGUGACUCCCAGCUGGUCAAUCUGCCUGUGAGUCUGCUGGUGGAAGGAGACAUCAUCGCUCUGAGACCUGGUCAAGAAGCAUUUGUCUCACUCAGAGGCAUUAAGGAUGAUGAGCACAUUGUGUUGGAGCCAGGAGAUUUAUUUCCCCCAUUCUCCCCUCCUCCUUCCCCUCGGGCCAAUGAGAAGAGAGGACCCCAGAACCCCCAGCAACACCGCCACUUCAGAGUGGUCCGGACUCCUGUGCUGGACACAGUCAGGAACAGUUUGGAGUUGGCGCUGGCUCGGCCGAUCACGGUUCUAGAUAACGAGAGGUUUACAGUGCAGUCGGUCAUGACCAAGAUAGUCUCUCCUGUGGUGCUGGUUGCGUUCCUGCUAGUGAACACUGUCCGCUACUUUUGUGACACACCCAGCCUCACCCCGGCCUGCUACAAUUUCUUUCAACUUCAGUUGAUGGGUGUUCUGCCCAUCUUGCCGCUGCUCUUCCCUGUCAUGUGGGUGCUGGUGAACGCCUUCGGAGAGGCCAGGGUCCUCGCAGAGUUCAACCGGUUGUCACCAGCUGCGCUGACUCUUCUCUUGCCCCAGCUUGCUAAGUUCUCUGAGGACACUCUAAGCAGCUACACCGAAGUGGUUUCCUCCCAGGAGAUGCUGCGUUGUGUGUGGAGACACCUGGUCGGCGUCCUAAAGGGAGAGUCUCAGACACUGUGCUUCACUUCCAGCCUCUUACACACUCUGGGAUCUGUCACUGUGCUGUGUUGUGUGGACAAACAGGGUAUCCUGUCCUGGCCUAGUCCCAGUCCAGAGACUGUGCUGUUCUUCAGUGGACGCGUCGAACCGCCUCACAACAGCCAGGACGAUCUCAGAGACGACCUGUCUGUCAACUCCUACUGCAGAGGGGAGACGGAGGAUGACAGGGAUGAGGUUGGGGAGGUGCAGGCCCUGCUCUGUCUUCCUGCAGAGUCCUCCACUCAGCUUGGGGAGGGGCUCGAGCUGAUCGAGACCUCACAUGACACUAUUUGCUCCUCCGAAACUCUCCGGCUUCGGCGUUCCUGCCAGCCCGCACACAGCCGAACCAAACACCACUCUGGAUCCAACGUUAGCUUCAGCCAUGACACUGAGGGAGGCGUGGACGACCAGGCCCUGGACUUCGCAAUGGGCUGCCCGGAGACGGAGGCAGAGGACUUUGUGUGCGACUACCACCUGGAGAUGCUGAGCCUAUCGCAGGACCAGCAGAACCCAGCCAGCAUCCAGUUCGAUGACCUCUCCUGGCAGUGCCACCUCCCCUCCCUCAAGCCGCUGGGCCUCAACAUUAUGCUGAACCUCUGCAACGUCAGCGUCACCCAGCAGCUCUGCCGCUUCUCUGACCACCUGUCCAACCUGGCUCUGCAGGAGAGCCACGGCACCGUGCUGCCAGUCUACGUACCCUGGGGGCUCUGUGAGCUCUCCAGGCUCAUAGGCUUCACUCCUGGUGCGAGGGAGCUGUUUAAGCAGGAGAACCACUUGGCUCUGUACCAGCUGCCAACUGGAGAGAAAACCAAAGAGUUGACCUCCCGCCACCUUCAUUACUUCACCAAACGCCAGCCUCCCAUGUCGCACCUCAUCUCUCUGUUCGUACGAGACUCCUCCUCCCAUAAUGUCCAGAUGCUGUCACAUGGCUCAGCUGACCUCAUCUUGGAGGCCUGCACUGACUUCUGGGAUGGAACUGAUAUCUAUCCUUUAUCAGGUUCAGACAGAAAGAAGGUUCUGGACUUUUACCAACGCGCCUGUUUGUCAGGUUACUGCUCAGCCUUUGCCUACAAACCCAUGCAAGUGUCAUUGUCAAGUGAACUGAGUGGGAAAUGUGUAGAGCUGGCCCCCGGGCCCUGCCUCUUCUCUGGAGUGGAACUGCCCUCCACCACCCCUAUCAAACAGAACUCCUACAGGAACAGCUGGAGCUCAGAUGAGGGUAUUGGUGAGGGGGUGGAGCGUGAGGACUGCGUUCAGGCCCUGAGUGGCCAGAUCUUCAUGGGAAUGGUGUCGUCUCAGUUCCAGGCGAGGCUGGAUACAGUUCGACUUAUUGAUGCCUUGGUCACUGCUUGCAUCCGCUUUGUUUACUUUUCUAUGGAGGAUGAGCUCCGCAGCAAGGUGUUUGCUGAGAAGAUGGGUUUAGAGACAGGCUGGAACUGUCACAUCUCUCUGACUCCAAAUGGAGAAAGUCCCUGUGACGGAGCUCCAUCCAGCCCCAUUCAUGGAUCCCUACAUGAAGACCUGAACCAAGAUUCUCGGGAUGAAGCAGAGGGUCCGUUGUUGCCAGAGGAGGAAGGCCACUCUGACCUCGCCAGUUUCCAGCCCACAGACAGUGAUGUGCCCAGCUUCCUGGAGGACUGCAACAGAGCCAAGCUGCCCCGUGGUAUCCACCAGGUCCGUCCUCAUUUGAAGAACAUCGAUAAUGUGCCUCUUCUGGUGCCACUCUUCACUGACUGCACCCCUGAGACCAUGUGUGAGAUGAUGAAGAUCAUGCAGGAAAACAGGGAGGUUACAUGUUGUCUGGGAAGCGCUGGCAAUUUCCGCAACAGCUGUCUCUUCUUACAGAGUAAUCUCAGCAUCGCUCUGGACCCUCUGUACCCGUCUCAAUGUUCAUGGGAAACUUUUGGCUACGCCACCGGAGGAGGGUUUAAUGGAGAAGUUGAAGGUCUGUCUCCUCUGAGGCUCUCUGGACAGCUCAACACUCUGGGCUGCUCCGUCACCUUCCACCAAGGAGAGAGCGUCAGCAUGAUCAAGCUCAUAGAGCAGGCACGACACACAACCUAUGGCAUCCGCAAAUGCUUCCUUUUCCUGCUCCAGUGCCAGCUCAGUCUGGUCAUCCUCCAGUUCUUAGCUUGUCUGGCUCAGCUUCCCCCUCCACUGAACAUCACUGACAUCCUCUGGCUGUCCUGCUUCAGCUGCCCACUUCUAAGUGUUUCACUUCUGGGGAAACCUCCAGACUUUUCCGUCAUGGCAGUUGCCACAGGGAAGAACCUAGACGCCAUUCCAAGAAAGACCCAGAACUACUUCCUUGGCUGUUUCCUGUUGAAGUUUGGUCUGACAGUGUGUGCCUACCUGUUGGCCUUUGGGUUUACACUGCAGGAGGUUUGCCUCAGAAGCAGCAACUUCACCUUAGUUGAAAACAGCACUGCCAACUGCAACAUAUUCACAGCCAGCUCUUCAGACGAGGCUCCUCAUUGGUUCAGUGAGCUGUCAAACAGCCUGCUGCUCACUCAGAAGGUCAUGGCAGGGUUCCUCGUCUUACACACAGCGGUGAUCUCCCUCAGCUACGUCCACCGCUCCCAGCCUCUGUGGAAAAAGAGUCCAUUCAGCAACACCUGGUGGUGUCUCACUGUACCUGUGGUGCUGCUCGGCCAGCUUGUUCAGGCCACGGUGGAUUACCAGCUGUGGCGCGACCGGGGCAGCUCUCUGACCUUUAACCUGAGUGACAUACCGCUGCUAGCCUGGCUGCUGGUGUCUCUGUCACCGCUGCUAGUGGUGGUGGUCAACGAAGUGGUGAAAGUACACGAGAUACGGGUGCGGGUUCGCUACCAGAAGAGACAGAAGCUUCAGUUUGAAACCAAGCUGGGAAUGAACUCUCCGUUCUGAUGGCUCUCCGUCUGAGGAAGCUGACGUCAGGGUAUUUACUGGGAACAAGUCAGGAAACUGGGGAAGGGCAGUGUGCAAACACUGCAGUGCCCACCAUUAUCACUCCAGCCCAGCAGCACUGCAACCAUCAGGUGGAGCAGAGCAACCAUCAACUCCACUCUUACUGGGGAGCAGGUAAAGGAUCAUUUCAAAGAAGUCAGUGCCACUGAACACAAAAGACCCAGAGACUUUAUUGUCUGCUUCUAGUAUAUUUUAAAGGCAUGGGGAAUGUUUCGAAGAAUGUUGUAUGCUUCCUCACUAUCACCUCACCAAUGAAUGGUCCCUUCUCAUCUCUAGGAAGGUUUCAGAUUCCAAACAGUUUACUGAAAGCUCGUUCUCGUGUCGUCCAGUCUGACACACCAAAUCAUGGCAAAUCAAUCUUUCAGUUUAAUAUAAUAUUACUGUUUUUAAAUUCAAACAAAAAAUCAGGAUUGAAAAGAAAAAGGGUCAUGUAACUACAGAACUCUGGGGCCAUUUAUGAUCCAUAUAUAUGAAAUAAUCAUUCAGUUAAAUGGGUAAAGUAUAUUAAUGAAACAACAAUUUGUGGCUCCUAAUAUAACACAUUGACCGAAUGUGUUUUAAUACAAACUGUGGAAACAUUUUGGGGCUCUAGAACUUUUUGGAUCGAUGCAUUUCUGCCUUUGAGACCCAUUUUAAUCUUCACUCUGGUCACCUGCAAGACAUUGUUCUGUCUCUAUUGUGUCUUUGGACAAAAGCUCAGUUUCUGAGUGAAGCCGAUGUCCGAGCUGCUGUAACUACAAUGGAGGAUGAGGAUAUGCUUGCAUUAUAUUUAAGUAUAAAUAUGUGUAGACGUGUGGAACUGAACAAUGUGCCAGCAUGCUGCUCUGAAUUCUUGCAGUGUGCGGUGAUCUUUGCGAGUUCUCUCCCAAGGGAUGAACUCACUGUGUGUGUGUAUAGCAACAUUCACCAAUAGGGGUCCCACCACACCAGACUCAUCUGAAAGGUGCUUCAUAUUAUUCAGUUGCCUUCUUCUGCCGCCUCUUUCUGUUCCAUCUCUCAACUGCUCCACACAUUGUCCCCAUUACCCCAGGUUUCAUAUUUGAACUUCGACUCCAUAGAUCAAGAUUUCUUUAAAUCUUAUGUAGCCCUGUUAAUCUGCAGCCGUCAACAUGUUUAACACAUUUGACAUUCUUGUGUUUUCUUUCGUCUUUUUUUCAAGACCCUUGUUUAAAGGCAUGAAUUAUUAAUUUCCCGUUCAGAAUUUGUAACGCUCUCACUUAAAACCCUGCGCAGGAAAUCUAAGCACAAGCAGGGUAUAAUUGAGGUCGAGUGCAUGGUUUUGAGUGAGAGCAUUUCAAAAUUGGAACAUGAAAUCAACAAGAUUGGAAAAGACCCCCCAUACAUGUCCCUGUGUAAUGAAUGACUACAGUUCCCGUGGACCCUCAGCAGCAGACGUCUGUUUCACUGUUGGUGUUUUUUCAAUCCGACCAGCCGUCUCCUGUGGUGCUGUUGUUGUUUCAGAUGGACAGGAAUUUCAUAUUGCUACUGUACACAAGUGGGCUGGCGGUAUUUAUUGGUUAUACAUUAGAAUACCAGCUGUUUACACAUAUGGAAUAAAGAAGGUCAUUUUUGUCAGUGCCAGAUGAACCUAAGGGCUCGGGGUACUAA